CUUUUGUCGGCGGAAGUAUAUCAGUACAAUUGGUUGGCAUGAACCGACCCAGAAAUACUCCCUCGACAUCGUAUAAUUCGUGUAGUGUAUAUUGUCACAUCGCUGCUCUCUUGUUCGGCACCAAGCUUUAGCAAACCAGCACCUUCGCCCUAUCUGAAGAUCUGAACCCUCUUGCACUAAUGCCCCCAAUUCCACUACAACACUCAGAUUUCACUCUCGAUGCCUCUGGAGUUGCAGGUUUCUUUGGAGGAGACGAAGCUAUAUCAGCCAUGGCAACUGUCCAUAUGUACGAGAGUAGGAAAUGGCUGGGAUGGUACAAUUCUCCGGGGAGUUACACCGUUGCUAAGCGUUACGGUCAACUCGCCAACUCUCGAUUCUGGGAUGGACUAUUCCCACGGACUACACUCCGGCGCUGUCAUACCGCAGACAGGUCACCUCGCACAUUUAUUUGUGUCAGAAUGUAAAGCGAUGGAGGCCAAUUACAGGACGGAGGGAAGAAUAACGAGGCCU